AUGUACCAGAGCACGUUGCAGUUCCUGCACCAGCGCGAGAAGAUGCUGAAGAGCAUCAACAACAACGCGACCAGCGCGUUCUCGAUGGAGAAUCUGCUGAACGGCGGCAAAAUGUCGCCGGAGAACUUGGAGAUACUGACGGAAAAGACGACGGACACGAUGGACGAGUCGUUGGAGGAGCAGUACGAGAACAAGCACGAGCUGAAGACGUCGAUGAGCCCGAACGAGAACACGCGUAGCGAGAACGAGAACGACAGACUGACGCCGGAGAAGAGCGACGUCUUUUUGCCGUUCAACAAUUGUUUUAAGGACAGGGUUUGUUCGAACUGUGGACGGUACAAUUGCAAUUUUUUCUCGUGCCGAUUCAGUGCCAGUGAACACUUGAUUAAGGAGUCGAAGCCCGUACUCAAAUUUAGUGUCAGUGCCAUACUGGGAAAUGAGAAAAAGGAACAAAGGAAUAAUACACAGACUGAACACAUAGUGGUUACGCCCCCGAACCUGUUAGGAUUAACAUCGUACAUCAACAACCAUUCGCCGUCGAUAGCGAAACCUGUUGCGAGCCGACCACAUUUCAACCCCCAUCUAUUGCUGGCCCAUUGCAGACCGCAGCCUUAUCUAACAGUAUCGACGCCGGUGUCGGGCACCCAAUCGACCGUGUUCCCGUUGCCGGGCACGUUCCCGUGGGCGCACAGCGGCCGGGGGAAGCCCCGACGCGGCAUGAUGCGGCGGGCCGUGUUCAGCGACCUGCAGCGCAAGGGCCUGGAGCGACGGUUCCAGAUACAGAAGUACAUCAGCAAGCCGGACAGGAAGAAGCUGGCCGAGAAGCUGGGCCUCAAGGACAGUCAGGUGAAGAUCUGGUUCCAAAACCGGCGAAUGAAGUGGCGCAACUCCAAGGAGCGCGAACUCCUCGCGGCGGGCGGCUCACGCGAACAAACUCUCCCCAACAAAAACAACCCCAAUCCGGACUUGAGCGACGCCAGCGACGACAAGCCGAAGCUCGACCUGAGCGACGUGCCCGACAUCUCGCCGGCCGGCUCGCCCUCCGAGCAGCAGAUGGCGCGCGGCGACGGCAGGGACCUGCAAAUCGGCGCGGCGCACCUGGUGCCGCCCGGCUACCAGCUCUACGACAACAUGGAGUACGAGAGCAGCAACGACAGCGACGAGGAGAUCAACGUCACCUGAUUCGGUACCGGGGGUGGUGCCUUCGAAUGAAAGAAGCCGAGUUGCUUUUCGGUUUCGGAUUCGAAGGUUGGCGGGCCGCACGUGCGACAACACCAGUGUUGCGCCAUCGGUCGGUCACCUUUCCAAACGGAGCUCCCCUUAACUGACAAGAGAUUUCACUGACUACGUUUUUCGUUCCCCGUCUAAUCUACCGGAGCACUUCACCACUUACGACUUUCGUCGUCACCAUACCAAAUUAAAAACAAUACUUAAUAAAAUAAAAUAAUAUAAUAAAACACUUUUUAAGUAAGUAGUCUAAAUCUCCCAUUGUAAAAAUUAACGGUUAAAAAUUUCCUGUAAAUAUUUUGUAUAAAGUCUAUUCAAUGAUCUGUUUGUGAUUUAAAAUUAAAAACAAAUAUGUUAAAGUAAGGUAUGCAUAUUGCACAAUCAGUGAUUUUAAAAAAAUCCGUUUGUUUUAUGGAUUUAUGUUUUGGAAAAACAUGUUCUAGGGUCUAUAUUGUAUAUAAUGUUUAUUAUUAAUGUACAAUUCAAAAAAAUAAUAUAAAAUUAUGGAAUCAA